AUGGGUCCUUGUAAUCGACGUUUUCUUGUGAAUUGGUUUGAUUCAUUUGUUUGGUUGGAGUAUAGUAAAGAGAAAGAUGCUGCAUUUUGUCUUCAUUGUUAUCUUUUUAAAUGCGUCUUUGAUAAACAAGGAAAGGCUGGAAGUGAUGUCUUCACUGAGAAAGGGUUUAAAAAUUGGAGGAAGGGACCCGAGAAUUUUAGGGACCAUGUCGGACAAGUUGGAAGUCUUCACAAUAAAGCUACACAACAUUGUACAGAUUUAAUGAAUCAGAAGCAACACGUUGAAACCAUUGUGAUCAAGCAGACAGACCAAGCUCAUAUUAAUUAUCGCAUUCUAUUAACUGCCGCACUUGAUUGCACUAGAUAUUUAUUGCGACAAGGUCUCCCUUUUCGUGGCCAUGAUGAAAGCGAAACAUCUAGCAAUAAGGGUAAUUAUGUUGAGCUUUUGCAAUUUCUUGCCGAUCAUGAUGAGAAAGUUCGUGCCGUUGUGUUUGAGAACGCUCCAAAGAAUCUCAAGUAUAUUGCUCCUAAAAUUCAAAAAGAGCUUGUCAAUUCUUGUGCCGCUGAAACCAUUGAUGCAAUUAUUAGUGAUAUGGACGAUGCAUUCUUUUCUAUAUUGGUAGAUGAAUCACGUGAUGUUUCAAUAAGAGAGCAAAUGGCGGUGGUGUUGCGUUAUGUGAACAAAAAAGGGCAAGUAAUUGAAAGGUUUGUAGGUAUCCAAUAUGUCUCUGAUACGACUAGUAGCGAAUUGAAAGAAGCAAUUGAGCAGUUGAUUUCUUCAACAAAUUUGAGUAUGUCCAGGCUACGAGGACAGGGGUAUGAUGGUGCUAGUAAUAUGAGAGGUGAGCUCAAUGGUCUUAAAACACAGAUUUUGAGAGAAUAUCCUCAAGCAUAUUAUGUCCAUUGUUUUGCACAUCAACUACAACUAGCUCUUGUAGCCGUGGCAAAGGGAAAUGAAAACAUUGCUACUUUCUUCACAACGGCUAGUAGUGUCGUUAAUAUUAUUGGAGCAUCGUGUAAGCGUCGUGAUGCACUUAGAGAGCAACAACAAAAAGAUAUUAUGAAAGCUCUUGAAAUUGAUGAUCUUGAAACGGGGCAAGGGUUAAAUCAAGAGACUACUCUCAAACGUCUUUGUGAUACAAGUUGGAACUCACAUUAUGAUACUUUACUUAGUAUUAAUACUAUGUUUCAACCCCAUGAUGAAGGUGCUUGA